AUGAGAUCUUCCAGUCUAAGGAUUCAGGAUAAGGUGCUUCAAGAACCUUCCGUGGUCAUUCCCUUCUCUUCCCAGAGGAUAGCUACAGCGUUCUGUCACAGAUUCAUGACACCUCUGGUCCUUGGACUCCCGUUUUUCACCCUAGCGCUUGGCAUCAGUGGGCACAGAUGCCAUCUCCCUACCUUUGGGAUGGAAGCUUUUGAGAGAGGAGGAGACGUCCAGAUCGGGGGAGUGUUCCCACUGCAUUCCAACCCAUCGAUUGGCGCUGUGAAAAUUGCCUUCACCCAGCACCCAAAUCCCACCAUUUGUUACAGGUCGAGUCGACAGAUUCUUCCAGAGAGCUUGUCUUCUCCUUCCAAAACUGCUGAAGACAGCUUUGCUCAGGUCGGCCCCGACUCAAGCUUGUCCUUUUGGUUUUACAAGCUCAUCCAAACCAUGGCCUUUGCCGCUGAAGAAAUCAACCGGGAUCCAGCCCUUUUGCCCAACAUCACGCUGGGCUUCCAGAUCUUCGAUUCGUGCCACACGGUCUCCCGAGCCCUCUUGGGCACCAUGCAGUUCCUCACAGGGCUUCGAAAAGCCAUCCCGAAUUUCCGUUGCCGGGAACACCCUCCGCCAGCCGGGGUUGUAGCAGAGGCCGGCAUCACCGAGUCCGAAGCCAUCGCCAGGUUGUUGGACCUCAGCAGAUUCCCUCAGAUCAGUUAUUUCCCCAUGGGCCGAAUCACAAACAAGGGAUCGCAGUUCCCGUCUCUCUUCCGCACGGUGCCCAGCAACAAGCUCCAGGCCCUCGGCCUCGCCCGGCUGGUGAUCCAUUUCGCCUGGUCGUGGGUCGGCCUACUUGGCGAAGACUCAGAACAUGGGGAGCAAGGGGUCGAGGUUGUGCGGGAACAGAUCCUCAAGAAGAGCGCCUGUGUCGCCUUUGAGGACAAACUUCCCAGAUCGCCUCGCCCAGAAAACACAAGGAGAGUCGUCAAAACGAUUGCAGAAUCCCAGGCCCGGGUUAUCGUCGCUUUCUGCGGGGUCGAGGUGCUGCCCGUACUGGAGCAGUUGUAUGAGCAUGGGGUGGAAGGAAGGGUGUGGCUGUCCUCCGACGCCAUGAGCCAGAUUUAUCUCCUCAAGAACCAGAAGGCCUUUCAGAUGCUCAGCGGCUCGUUGGCCGUCGUUCCGCACAAAAGAAACGUUCCAGGCCUGAGGGACUUCGUGCUCCGUCUCCAUCCCUCUAGUUCUCCAGAAGAUGCCUUCAUCCAAGAAUUCUGGAGCAAGGUCUUCAAUUGUUGGUGGAACACAAGCGGCGGGGAGGAGACCAAUAACGCCCGCUACUGCACAGGGGAAGAGAGCUUGGGGAAUGGUACGAAUGCCUUUCUCAGCAUGCCCGGCUUUGACUUGGCCUUCAACGUCCACAACGCCGUCUACGCCCUCACCCACGCCUUGAAUAACAUGGUGCAGAAGGAGUCUAGAGGACCAAAAAUCUUUGGGAACAAGACUCAAGGAUUCAGACCUUGGAAGCUGCUUCAAUAUUUGAGAAAAGUUCAUUUCAAGAACAAGGCGGGAGAGGAAGUCUUUUUCGACGAACACGGCGACCUCCCCGGCCUUUUAGACAUCUUCAAUGUGCACUUCCAGGAAACUGUGUGGGUGGGAAGAAUUGAAUUUGGCCCCUCCGGAAUCAAAAAGCUGGAGGUGAACAACACUGCCCUCUUGUGGGCAGGGGGGAGCCCAGAGCAUCCAUUUCCUCUCGGGGAAUUGGUCUCCAGGCCCUGCCUGGGGGCUGGCAACCCUAGAUCCUCCGGUGAAGUCGUUGCGCGGUCGGCGCAAGGAAGAGGCGAGACGCAGCAAUAUCACCCGGUGGAGAGAAACCAGCGGCAGGAAGCCUGCCGGAGGGGCUAUCACAGAUCCCACCUGGCUCACAGAGCCACCUGCUGUUUCGACUGCGUGCCAUGUGCAGAUGGGGAGAUUUCAAACCAGACUGAUUUGUACAUCUGCUCUACAUGCCCAGAGGACCAGUGGCCGGACAAAGGACAAACACAGUGCAUACCCAAAACGGAAUUAUUUCUCCCUUUCCACGAGCCCCUGGGAGCCGGUCUGGCUGGCGCCUCCAUCUGCGGCUCCCUCCUGCCAGUCUUGAUCCUGGCUCUCUUCGUCGCGCACCGAGACACCCCGCUGGUUCGGGCCAACAGUUACGAACUCAGCUACUUGCUACUGGCAGGGCUGGCGGCCAGUUUCCUCAGCUGCCUGUUGUUCCUGGGCCGGCCCGCCCGUGGAACUUGCCUGCUACGCCCAGUGGUCUUCGGGCUGACCUUUGCCCUCUGCCUCUCCUGCCUCCUGGCCAAGACUCUGAUGGUGGCGGCCGCUUUCCGGGCCACUGACCCCGGCAGCUGCAUGAGGCGGUGGCUGGACCCCCGCACGGCCCGUGCCGUCGUCCUGUGGGGCUGCCUCCCCCAGUUCCUACUCUGCACGGUGUGGCUAGCCAUCUCUCCUCCCUCCCCUUGGAAAGACACAUCCUCCGUCCCCCAUGCUGUGAUACUGCUGUGCGACGAAGGCUCUCCUGCCGCUUUCUGGAGCAUGCUGCUCUACCUGUGCCUGUUGGCGGGGUUCACCUGGGCUGGAGCCUUCCUGGCACGCAACCUCCCGGAUGCUUUCAACGAGGCUUGGCUCAUCUGUUUCAGCUUGCUGGGGUGCCUCGGCGUCUGGCUGGCAUUCGUUCCCGUCUACCUCACAAUAAGAGGACGGCAGGCGGCGGCCACAGCGGCGUUUGCCGUCCUAGGCUCCAGCGCGGCCUUGCUGAGUGGAAUGUUCUUCCCCAAGUGUUACAUCCUCUUGUUACGCCCAGAGUUGAACACACGGGGCUACCUCAUGAGAAAAGGCAAAGGCGUUUAA